AUGGUCACAAUCGGGGACACCCUUUCUCCAGAAAUUAAAAACGACUUGAAGCAAUUGCUAAGAAGAAAUGUUGAUAUCUUCGCUUUCGAACAUUCGGACAUGACAGGAGUCCCCCGUGAUAAAGCAGAGCACAAGCUAGCAACGCUCCCGGGCGUCAAGCCGGUCGCACAAGGUAAACGCAGUAUGGCCUCAGAUCGAAAGGCAACGGUUGUCAAAGAAGUACGAAAAUUGGUGGAAGUUGGAAUCCUCAGAGAAACACAAUACCAUACAUGGGUAUCCAACCCGGUAAUGGUAAAAAAGCCAGAUGGAACGUGGCGAAUGUGCAUUGAUUUCAAAGAUUUAAACAAAGCACGCCCCAAAGACGCAUACCCACUGCCUGAAAUUGAUUUGAAGGUCGAUUCCUUGGUACCUUACAGAUAUAAGUGUUUCCUAGACGCAUAUAAAGGGUACCAUCAGAUCAAGAUGUCCAAAGAAGAUGAAGAAAAAACGGCGUUUCACACCGAUGUGGGCAUUUUCUGUUACACAAAGAUGCCUUUCGGUUUACGAAAUGCCGGAGCUACCUAUCAGAGACUCAUGGACAAGGUGUUCGAAACACAAAUCGGACGAAAUUUGGAGGUCUACGUUGAUGACCUAGUAAUCAAAAGCAGGGAAGAAAAGCAAAUGUUAGAGGACAUCGAGGAAACUUUCCAAAGGCUUAGAGAAUAUAACAUCAAACUCAACCCAAAGAAAUGCUCUUUCGGGGUGGAAGAAGGGAAGUUCCUAGGGGUAGUUGUCACCCGAGACGAUUUUAAAGCUAACCCAGAAAAGGUGGCCGCCAUAGCGCGGAUGCCUUCCCCACGAACAUUGAAGGAAGCCCAAGCUUUAAAUGGACGGCUAGUGGCGAUCAACAGAUUCCUGGCAAGGCAUGCUGAGAAAUCCUUUCCUUUCAUUAAAACGUUGAAAGAUUGCCUUAACAAGAAGAAUUUCAAAUGGACCAGUGAAGCGGAAAAAGCCUUGCAAGACAUGAAGCGUUUCAUAGAAGGAUUACCCAUGCUGACAGCACCAAGGCCCAAUGAGGUGUUAAAGAUGUAUUUAGCGGCAGCUCACACCGCAGUAAGCGCUGUGCUUAUGGUUGAGCGAGACGGGAGACAAACGCCAAUAUAUUACAUCAGCCGGGUAUUGGCGGGACCCGAAACGCGAUAUCCCACGCUGGAAAAGCUGGUUUUGGCACCUGUACACGCCACGCGGCGAUUGAGAAGAUAUUUCCAAGCACACCGCGUACAGGUCCUAACUAAUUACCCACUGCAACAAGUCCUGCACAAGCCAAAGAUCUCUGGUAGACUGGCAAAGUGGGCAAUUGAACUAGGGGCUUUGGAUAUUGAAUAUCAGAAACGAACAGCAGUUAAGGGACAAGUAAUCGCCGACUUUCUAGCCGAAAUUCCCGAAGGAGAAGCUAUCGUGGACCCUGUCGUCCAGGACAUCCCGGAAUCCAGCACUGCCCGGCAGACCUGGAAACUAUACACCGACGGGUCAUCAAGUGGAAAAGGAUCUGGAGCCGGUUUAAUGCUGGUAAGCCCAGACGAGAUCAGGCUGAUGUAUGCCUUACGUUUCGACUUCGAAUGUUCUAACAAUGAAGCAAAAUACGAGGCACUACUGGCAGGCUUAAGAAUGGCGAAAUCUAUGGGAGCAGCAAGGGUAGACGCGUAUGUUGAUUCGCUACUGGUCAACAAUCAAGUAAACGAAACGUACGAAGCCAAAGAUGAAUCGAUGGCAAAAUACCUGGCAAAAACAAAAGAAAUUAUGGCUUCCUUUGAUAACGUCACGCUCAAUCACGUAUAUAGAAGUAAGAACCAGAUAGCAGAUGCUCUCAGCAAUCUCGCCACCUCCGGUAUGGAAAAAGAAGUCAAAGUCGAAACGUUGCAAACACCCUUAAUCGAACCACGGAAUGUUUCCGCCGUUGCAGCGGAAGAGCCUUGCUGGUACACCCCAGUGUUCCAAUUCCUGGAAACAGGGAAGCUACCUCCCGCCAAGGGCGAAGCACAGAAAAUACAAACGAAGGCGUUGCAAUAUGAGGCCAAUAACGGCGUCCUGUAUAGAAAGUCUUACCUAGGACCGCUGUUGCGAUGUGUCUCCCCAACAGAAGCAAAGUAUCUUAUCAGCGAGAUUCAUGCAGGUCUGUGCGGCAUUCACGCCGGACCCCGGGCGGUGGUGGCCAAAAUCCAUAAUGACGGAUAUUAUUGGCCUGGGAUGCACGAAGACGCCGUGAUAGAACUUCGGAAAUGCCAUAGUUGCCAGAAAUUCGCUCCUCAAACAAUAAGGCCCAAGAACAACUUAGUACCGGUAACAACAGCAUGGCCUUUCCAAAAAUGGGCCGUUGAUAUCGUUGGACCUUUCCCGCCGGCUCCCGGAAAGCUAAAGUACUUAAUUGUGGCCGUUGAUUACUUCACCAAGUGGGUGGAAGCUAAGCCUUUGGCCAAAAUAACGGCAGAUAACGCUAAAAAAUUCCUCUGGGAACACAUAGUAUGCCGGUUCGGAUUGCCGCUAUACCUGGUAAGCGACAAUGGAACACAGUUUACAGAUAGAGUUUUUCAAGAAUGGUGCGCCAACCUCCAAAUCCAACAAAUCUUCACGUCAGUAGCGUACCCCCAGGGGAAUGGCCAGGUGGAGCGGACGAAUAGAAGUCUGCUGGAUGGCAUAAAGAGACGACUAGGUCAUGAGGGAAGCUCCUGGGUGGAAGAAUUGCCAAACGUCCUUUGGGCACACAGAACAAUGCCUAAGACGAGCAAUAAUGAAACUCCUUUUAGCCUAACCUAUGGAGCGGAAGCAAUGAUACCCGCGGAAGCGGGACUGCCGUCACUAUGCCGCCUCACUACGGGCGAAGACAAUGAUAGAUCUUUAAGGGAAGGCCUAGACUUACUGGAAGAAAGGCGUGAAGCAGCCGCCAUCAGCGAAGCAAAGUAUAAGAAGUCAUUAGAAAGAUAG